AUGAUGAUGAAAUCUUUAAUAUUAUUAAUUGUAAUUUUAAUAGCUUUAAUUGAAGCUCAACCAAUACCAUAUCCAAAGGUAUCGGAUUCAUUUUUGGGUGCCAAUGACACUGGUGUUUCACUUUUCCCAUCAUAUCUUGGAUUAAAGAUACAUAUUCGUUGUUAUGCCAAUGUAACAUCUGCCAAUAGAAAGGGACCUAUUGCCUUGUUUGACUCGGGUCUUCCAUUCUUUUCGACUGCUUGGGUGUCUGUCAUUCCAUCGGUCUUGGAAAACAUGCCAGCUUGGAACAUUAGCAAAGCUUGCUUUAUUGACCGUUACGGAUAUGGCUGGAGUGACUCUUCCAAAUACCCAAUCACCACUCAAGACUAUGUCAUGCGUCUCCGUGGGUCACUCCAAGUAGCCGGUUUGACUGGAAAGUAUGUCCUCGUCGGUUGGUCAUGGGGAUCGAUCUUUGUUCAAACCUACUCACUCACCUAUCCCAAGGAUGUAGUCGGUAUUAUGACAGUCGAUGGAACUGACUCGAAAUGGGGAUUCAUCUCGUCCAAUCAACAAGCCGUUAUCACCUACACUGACAUUAUCAGAGGUUACAUUAGUCUCAAUAAUGUAGGCUCGCUCGAGUCGUUGGCCAGAGCCGACGAAAUUUCACAUGCUUUUGGAUGGUUCCCAAGUGCCUUGGUCUCGACUGGUUUCACCGAAUGUUCCAUCGACGCCACGCAAGACAUCUUUUUGAAUAACAAGUUCCUCAAGGCUGCCAUCCAAGAGUACAACAUUAUGGUCGUAUCUUCGGUCAUGCUCAACUUUACCUAUGCUCUCAAAGGUACAACUCUCAAGGACUUGCCAUAUGUCAACCUCUUUGCCAGUCAUGACCAAGACUGGACCAAUCGUCAAACCUACAUGGCUUCGCUCUCGUCCAAUUCCAUGACCCUUCCAGUUGUUCCAAUCGAUCAUUUUGUACCACUCACAAAUCCAGAUGUUAUCAUUUCUGGUCUUGCUGCUCUAUCUAAUAAGAUCUCUACCAAUCCCGCUAAAAUUUGGGGUCGUUAA